AUGGGAUGUGCUACAGCAAAACCAAAAAGAGCUACUCUGUUAAUUAUUAUUGAUAGUCCACCUCCAAGUUUACCUUCUUCUAUGCAUAUAAUUGAUUUGCCACUUAAUCAAAUUGAUUGUCCAGCUGCCAAACUACCAUUGUUCGAAAAAAAAAAUCAGGCUACAAUACUCAGCUCUUAGCCAACUAAUGAGGGAAGAGAAUCUUAAGCACAAUGA